GUUAAAGUGUUGAGGGAGUUAUGUAUAAAAAUGAAGAUUGGCUCCAAAGGUAGUAAGAAAGACCUCAUAACAUCUCUCAAAAAACACCUUGAAAUUCCAGAAGAAUUUUCAAAAAUAUUCUCGAAAUUUUGGGGCGGAUCAGGUGGAUGGUUGGGCGCUGCUUGUCAACAUGGAGUAUGCUAUGGCCUCAAGUGGUUGUUGCGCCAAGAGGGAGCACGAGACCACGUUGACCUGAUAAUGUCAAUGAAGCAUCAACCCAAUAUCAUCAUUGUGGACUUUGCUAACACUGUAGCUGCUCAUGGACAAAACAGAAAACCUGGUCUUUUUUCUCCAUACGAUGGCCGUGUUCUCCCCAAUUCUGCAGAAAAUAUUGCAUUAGCUCGAGAGGAUGAUAUUUCUCUCGACAUGCCAUGGAUUUCAGCACCAUCUCGAUCACGUCCUGGUGAUAUGCCACWAAUCCAAGUAGCUGCAGAAAUUGGAGUAAGAGAACCACACCCUGUAACUGGCUCCACGUCAUAUUUCAGUUUAUUUGACACCUUCCAUGAAGAGAAUUCAUCUAAUGAUGACGAUCUUUUAAGAAGAACUCGUUGUAUUAAGCAACUUGAAGGAACCUUUCGGACAGAGGUAAUGGAGCAGUUGAAUAAUGUCAUGAAUAAAAACAAUUAUUUCAUCAACUCCAUGUCACCAGUGAAUGCCAUCUUUAUGCAACGACUAGCUAUCCAUCUAACAAACGAGAAACGAAAUGCAAAGGUUAUUUCYUUUCAUGAGAAACAGGUAUAUAACAGACUAAGYUAUUCAUCAAUAAAGUCAAAACCUCAUUUGYCUACAAAUAUUAUUUCAUAG